AUGUUGGGUAUGGCACCUCUUCUUCUUUUGCUGUGGGUCGGUGUCACAGUGAGCACAGAGGUGGAUCUGCAGAAGAGAAUCAUCGGAGGUCAACAGUGUGGACCAGAUGAGCGUCACUACCAUGUCAGGCUGAAUUCAACUAAUACAACACAUGAGAGCAUGUGUGGUGGCUCUCUGAUCAGUGACCAGUGGAUUCUGACUGCAGCUCACUGCUGGGAACCAGGAUGGACUAUGUAUGCAGAGUUAAAUGUGCAUCCUGACCCAGACCGUAGACAAGAGGUGGAAAUCAGAGCAGCACCUGUGAUCUUUACGGACAAUGCGGGGGGACAUGACAUCAUGCUACUGAAGCUGCCUAACAGAGUUCCGUUCCAACUUGUUCCCUUGCCUGACUGUAAUAAUCCUCCCAAUAUUGGUGCUAUGGUGCAAAUCGCAGGUUACGCUUCUAGAAUAAUGGGCCCAAAUAAUGAAAGACAACCUGGUAGAUCAAAUACUCUCCAGUGUGCAAACAUUGAAGUGGUCGAUUGUCAAGGGCUCGGAAACGGGUUCCCGCACAACCAUCCAAGAGACCAUGGGAGACCCAGACAUCAGCAGUGGUUCUGUGGCCAAACUCCUGGAGUGGACGUAUGUUACGGGGAUUCUGGUGGAGGAGUGGUGUACAAGAGGAGGAUUUACGGUGUCAUUUCAUUCACUGGUAAUGGUACCCACGCCUGUGUUAGAGCAGCUGGAUUUGUGAACGUCUGCCAUGAGCCAUACCUUCAGUGGAUCCAAAAUAUUAUUAUAACGAUGGCUCAUCUUAAACCUCUUCUCUUUGUGCUGUGGAUCGGUGUCACAGUGAGCACAGAGGUGGAUCUGCAGAAGAGAAUCAUCGGAGGUCGACAGUGUGAACCAAAUGAGCGUCACUACCAUGUGAAAUUGUUGGCAAAGAAUCGUAACAACAAAUGGUCCCUCUGUGGCGGCUCUCUGAUCAGUGACCAGUGGAUUCUGAGUGCAGCUCACUGCUGGGAACCAGGAAGGGAAACGUAUGUGGUUUUGGGUGUGCAUCCAGGUCCAGGUGUGAAGGUGGAAAUCAAAGAAGAACCUGUGAUUUAUACAGAAAAAGACAGGAACAACAACAUGAAGACCCAUGACAUCAUGCUAAUCAAGCUACAGAACCCAUACACUGGUGCUCAGCCUGUACGUCUUCCUAAAUGUCAGACGUGCCUGAAAUGCCUUGAGGAGCCUAAAAAAGGAAGACAAAUUCAAGUUGCAGGUUUCGGAAUGAAUGCUGUAGACAAGAAUAAUCAACGAUUGAAGAGCACUCCAAAAACUCUCCAGUGUGCCUAUAUGCCUGUUGUUGGUUGCCGGACAGUUAAAGAUUCACUGGCAUGGAAUAAACCAGACAUACCAUAUAAAAACUGGCUCUGUGUCAAAGCUGAAGCACAGGACAUAUGUCCAGGUGACUCUGGUGGAGGAGCAGUGUACAACAACAUGAUUUAUGGUAUCAUCACAGGUGGUCAUGCCACACAUGCCUGUGUGGAACCAUCUCAUAUCUUGAGAGUCUGCGCAUACAUGAAAUGGAUUGAAGAUACAACCGGCAUCAAACCCUGAACUUCUUUCUGAACAUUUAUAAUAAACAAUCCAUGAGAUUCUGAUGCUUCA